GAAAAAACAAGUUUGAGCAAUCUUGGUUUUUCAUUUAGCAAGCUCGGUGGGGUUCCAGUUUAAAAAUAUGGUUGAACCUGGCACGAUUCUCUGCGUUUCUGAGCCUUUCGCUCACGUUUUGUCAAAUAAAGAACAUGAUUAUAGAUGCGAAAACUGCAUGAAAAGAGCAGAUGAAUUGAAAAGAUGUAGUGCCUGUGCAUCUGUGAAAUAUUGUAGUACAAGGUGUCAGAAGUCUGACUGGUCUAUUCACAAGAAGGAAUGUCCAUGUCUGAAGAGAUUCCAGCCAAAGAUUCCCACCGAUAGUACCAGACUGUUGCUAAGACUGGUCAUCAGAUUCAAUGAUAGCUCUACUGUACAAGAGUCAAAAGGAGUUCUUGCAUUGAGGAGGUCUUUCAAAAAUCUUAUGUCACAUGAAAAAGAAAUAACAAAUGAUAAAAACCGAUGUGAUCAGCUCUCCCAGCAUUUGUUCACUUUACAAAAGGUCACUGCUGGUGUCCUUGACCUUCCUUCUUCACAUGACCUUCUACAGAUUUUUGGAAAGAUGACCACCAACAGUUUCACCAUCUGUGGGGAGGAGAUGCAGCCUAUAGGUGUGGGGAUAUAUUUAGGGCCCUCUCUACUGGACCACAGGUGUACACCUAAUGCUGUCAUCACAUUCCAGGGCAAGUCUCUACACUUGAGAGCAGUUGCACAAAUAGCAGAUCCUACCCCUUCCAAUGUGUUCAUCAGUUACAUUGAUCAGUUGAAUUCCACAGCUGAGAGAAGGAGGAUGCUGAUGGAGCAGUAUUACUUCAAGUGUGACUGUUCCCGGUGUCAUGACAAAGAUUUGGAGAUUUCUAUGCAUGCAAUAAAAUGCCCAGACAAGGCCUGUGUGGAGGGGUUUAUCUCACUGACUGAUGAUGGUGCAAUGUUAACUUCCUGCUUUGUCUGUGGUCAGUCAGUCAGUGACCACAAGUUUAUUCAGACGGCCUUAGAAUUGGAAGAAGAAUGCCGAGGAUGUCUGGAGGAAGCCAAAAAAGCCAAGCAGUUAAAUGAUCCAGAAAGAAUUUUAAAUAUGUGUGAGAGCUGCUUAAAUCAGAACAAAGACAUUUUACAUCCCCUGAAUCUGAGCUGUGUAAAGAUUUUAGACUGUUUAUUGGAUGCCUCAGUGGAUCUCCAGUUAUGGGACAAAGCUUUAAUGUAUGGAAGUGAAACUCUGCCUGCAUACAGGAAGUAUUAUCCCCCAAACAGUCCAAAUCUAGGAAUUCAGCUUUUAAAACUCGGGAAAAUCCACCUCUAUAUACACAACUUAAAAGAAGCUCUCAAGCUCUUACAACAGGCCAGAGAUAUUCUGUUGGUCACACAUGGACGAGAUCAUGUGCUUUAUUCCCAACUUCUGGAGCUGUUAGACCAGACACAGGAAGAAAUGAGAACGGAGCUGGAGUUUGACAGCUGAUAUUUCGUGAUUGGACGUUGAAACUGUGAUCAUGUUUAAGGAUUCUAGUAAGCCGUAGCUACACAACAAUUGAGUGACCAUCAUAAGGAUAGCUAGGCCACACAUACAGCAAUUGUUCACAAAGAACUUUGAACAUAUAUAUAAAAAACAUCAAUUACUACGAGGACUAUGACUGCUAUUAAAGAUUUAUAUAAAAAAACAAUGUAGUUGAUUGGGUUUUUUUUUUACUUAUUAAUUUACUAAAAACUUAUUGAAAACAAAUUAUAUUUUGCCUGUACGAUAUUUUGUGGAAAUUGAUUUUUCAACAAGUUAAUGUAGCAUAUUUUUGAAAGUAACUAUAAUUCUUAUUCAUGUAUGCAAGACUUUAGCAAUAAAUUGAUUUAGCAGAAGCUUAAUAGAAUACACAGCAAAAUGUAAUACAUUUACAGUACUGCAUAGGUUAUUUUAUAAUUAAUCCUCUUGCACCAUUUAAGAUGAUGAAUGAACUUAAUACUGAAUUAAAUAUUUUGGCCAAAAUGAUUUCGACACUGGCAAGACUGCUGCUUCAAUUCAUUUUAUUGCUAUAUUGAAAAGGGGAA